AUGGGACCUGGCUGGGGGCUUGCUCAUGUCCGUGGCACUCCUUACAAUACUGGCAACAUGCUUUUGGCCGCCCUGGACCUAGAUGCGCGAAAAGCUGGCGAUUACAGCCACACAGGUUGUCACAGUGUCUGUUGGGACGCAGACUCACCUCCAGAUGGAGGCGACAGAGACAAAACCAAUGAGUUUACCAAGAGUGGAUAUCCGCUUGGGCUCAUGCUCAAUGUCCGCGGCCAACGAUUUGUCGAUGAAGGAGUCGAUCUUCGAAACUACACGUAUGCCAUGUUCGGUAGAGCAGUGCUCGAGCAACCGGAAGGACUAGCUUUCCAGGUUUGGGACGCAGACGCUCUUGGCUGGUUGCGAGAGGAAGAAUACCGUGACGACAUUGUCCGCAAGACUCGAGCGGAGAGUCUUGAGGAGUUGGCAGAGAAGCUGUCAGAGCAGGGGUUGAAAGAUCCACAAGAAUUUGUGCAUACGAUCAACGACUACAACGUAGCGGUGCGUGCACACCGAGAAGAGUAUCCUGAUGCAAAGCUUGAUCCAUCCGUCAAGGACAGUCUCAUGACACAGUCAUCUCGCGCAGCGUUAGAUCUGCCGAAAUCUCACUGGGCGUUGCCUGUUGUGAAGGGGCCUUUCCUGGCCGUUCGAGUAACUUCGGGUAUAACCUUUUCGUUUGGAGGAUUGGCAGUGAAACCCAGUACGGCGAGUGUAGUGAAGAAUGAUGGGUCUCCUAUCGAUGGACUGUUUGCAGCAGGAGAGAUGGUUGGUGGGUUGUUUUAUACGAACUACCCUGGAGGUAAGCAACCUAGCAAAGUCGAGAUGACGAAAGGAGAGAUGAAGCUAAUGUGGAGCANNGGUAGCGGAUUGACGGCCGGUGCAGUGUUUGGGAGAAGAGCAGGCGUUGCUGGGGCCCAAGUCGCCCAACGGGCACAUCAUUUAAAGGUCAAGCUGUGA